CCUGUUUGUAAUAAACACGCGGAUAAGUACCAAGCGGUGGACAAAGUAUACAUAUGAAAACGACAAACAAGGUGCUAUAGGCAACCGACAAUAUGAAGACGGUAAGAAAGUUGCACUCACUUAUAUGGGCUGGAUAUCCAGUUGAGUAAUCACAAUGUUGUGGACAAUUGUGGUUUUCAGUCUGCUGUGUGUUGUGUGUGAUCAUAUUCAAUCCUGGGUAAUUGAGCCGAGCGUUUUCACAGUUUACCGGACCAAACACUCAUGGAAUGAAGCGAGACAAAUAUGUGAAAAUAACAACAAUACUCUCCUUACUAUACCGGAUGAACACUAUUGGACCUUUUGGAAGUUUGUGUUGAACCCCGAGGGAGAAGCCCUUUACAGGAACAUCGACAACUCCAGGUAUUGGUUCGGUCUCCAUGCUCCAGACCCAAAUAAUAAGACGUCACUGGUGUGGGUUGAUUGCGACAUCCCCUCGUGGAUAGAAUGGACUAGCGCUGGCCGUAAUUAUGAACCAGAACAUCAAUGUUUAGCUUUCGAUGUUUACUUCAAACCAUUUACUACUAUUCUUCUCAAAAUCUGGCUGGCAGACAACUGUCCCACAGACAACUAUUUUGUAUGCAGCGAACCAUUAAGUAGUGCAGAUGGCGCGUGUAUUACCCAUGGCUGUGACGAGUAUGUCCGAGUCGUCACUGAUAACAAUCAGUGUAUAGACAUGUGCCAGAGCUACCCAGAAUGCCGUACUAACUUUACAAGCAUUUCCGGUUUGGGGAUUUGUCAUGUUUUUAACGUAACAGCCAACCAGAGCUCGGCAUUCUAUCGGAUGUGUUUGUUAUAUGGAAAUAAAACAAUAAAUACCUGUUCCAAUGAUAACGGGUUCGGUGAUACCAGUAACAUAAACAAUGUCGAUCCGUAUCCCACUGGCAUCUGUCUCCCAGAGGAGACAACAUCGGUACAAAGUACUUCUACAGCAGACGAAACAAGUGCUGCUGACAUGACAACUACUGAUGUCCUAACGACUACAGAGGUGCUCCGAACGACGACAACGACAUCGACAUCCCAACCAAUGUGCGUGUGUCCCUGUAGCAUUGUUAACGGACCGGAGCUCACGAUUGAAGAGAAAGUUGAAUUACUGAAGAAGGAACUCACGGUAAAUAAGAAAACCACUUCCCUCCACAAACGCAAGUUUAUCAGUGCGAGUGACGACAGAAUAUCAGCAACGGGGAUCGGGUCAUUUGGCGUAGGGAUGCUUGCCAUAGUCCUAAUAUCUAUCUGUAUCAUGGACCUCGGCACGCUGAAGGCAGACUUUCACAAUAUGUACAAUAAUGUGAGGAGCUGCUGCUGUAGGAACAAGAAAGAAAGUCGCGUCCGUCACGUGCGCCAUGAUGAUCCGUCGAUUCCAAAAGUGAGAUUGUUUACAGAUUCGAGUUGUCCUGUUGUUGUGAGCGCUACUACGUCCCCAACUCAUCAAAACUUUAAAGACGACAUAUCUUUGCAACGGAAUGAUAUGACAAUGCUUUCUGUACCCACAAACAAUGCAAUUGCCAAAACGCAAAACCCGAAUUCCUCGUUAAGCAGCGGAUCGACGUCGUCAAUGACAAUGGGGUCAAGAAGUUCUUCAAAUAGAACAGGAACAGACCAAAGUUCAAAUAAUUCACCUGAACAUCAUAGCUCUUUAUCGAUACAGUCUUCAAGCACUUCAGGAAACGCUUCUAGAAAGUCCUUGGCAAGAUCCUCCUCAAAAUCGCCUAUGAAUAAGCACAUGAACCCAUGUUAUAAUGAUGUACCACUGUGUAAGUCAUCUAAUGACGAUCAUGAAGCAGAUAUGCUCCCAAACAGAAUAAUAAGCACAGAACUUCAUGGUAGGCAUUUACAUAGGAGAGACAACAGUAAGGAGCCGAUUUGGCUUCGAAUGGUUUGAUUUGUGAAACGUUCAAUAGGCACGUUGCUCUCGAAAGUUCUGUGUACUCUGACGCAUGUGUUGUGCAGUGCUGAGAAGUAUUGUUGUUUUCUAACCAAACAAUAUUGUGUUUGAAACAUAUUUUGUUAGCGAGUUAUCUGUGGAUAAAAAACGGUGAAAUGUGCAACUACCAGACACAAUUUAAAUAAGACCGUGAAAUAUUGUUUGUUUGGUUAACUUCCUGUCUUGUGCCUGCAGGAUUAUAUGCAAUUGCUAUUCAUUUGACAUUGAUAGACAUCGCUGUUGUGAUCUAUCCGGUCAGAUAGUGUCCCGCUUUCUUCUUUGUGAGAGCUGGUUGACACAAUACGGCUGUCGUAUCAGAUGAAAGGACAUGAUUGCAUCGGAUUAGCACGGACUCGUGUUGAUGUAAUGGGUCUUGAAAAAUCGAAAUCAACAUUGUAUUGUGCUGAUUAUAAUAUUUGAACGAUAUAUAUCUAGUUUUACCUAUUUAACUUGGUUUUAAUAUACUAAAUCGACCCCUAUACUCAUUGAACAUGCAUCUCAAUUCUUUGAAGUGGAAAAUUGCCUAUAUACAACCGAUAUUUGGUAAGGUAAUGUCCCUCAUGUGUCCUGACAAUGUACCACUGUUAACUUACGUGAGCAUUAUCUAAACAUUACAGAUACAUCGUUAGGCACGUCUCUUUGGUGUCCAAAAUCAGAAUGCUUUCAUGGUUUUCAAUUCUUUUAAAUAUAUAUAUUAGGUAAGAAAGUGAAAAUAUCUCAUUAACCUCCGGUAACUGUGUUCUCACUCCAUGAGUUCAGUUACAUACUGUAGGUCUAUAGUAACUGUAAAGGAAUACUUACCUCAAAUAUGUCAUACUGUACGUUGAUGUAAUAGAUACAGACAAUGGGUAUGAUUUUGCGAAUUAUCUUAUAUGAAAAUAGUCUAUCACAUUUUGCUCAAUUAUUCGUUUUUCUGGAACUAUAAAAGUUGUAAGAAUCUUUAAGAAUAUUAAUAGGCAUUUUUAAAAUCAAAGUCAUAUUUAUCAAUAUUACGUUCAAUGGGAACUUGCUUGCCUACAUUAUAUACAGAUAUUUAAUUGAUCAAGAAUAAGAGACGUGAACUUCCUUUAUCACAAGACUGCUCAACUGUACCUUUAGCUGAUUUCACAAACAUAGGCUGAUAUGAAUCACGAUUGUUGAUACGACUAACCUAACAUAUGCUGAAACCACCUAUAAAUGUUGAUAUUACCUAUAAUGUUGAUAUUACCUAUAAAUGUUGAUACUACUUAUAAAUGUUGAUAUUACCUAUAAGUGUUGAUACUUCCUAUAAAUGUAGACAUUACCUAUAUAUGUAGAUAUUCCAAUGAUAAAAAGAUCUUUAUCACGUCUGUUUCUACAUACCAAGUAAACACUAACGGUUGAAGACUAAGUUGUGAACGUGAUAAAGGGUUUUAGAGACACAUUUCCAUUUUCGUUGUAAUCUAAAUAUGUUUUGGAACACUUUAGACAUUUAUUCUUUGGACUUAAGCUACAUUGAUAAAUCUGAAUUGGACAAAAUGACCAUAUGCAGCAAUACAUGUUUUCUUUGUUUGGAUUGCUGCAUCGACAAACAGAACUGUUAACUUGGUGCUUCCUUCCAUCGUGUUACUGGUAUUUGUUCACAUGUAUUCCACAGAACUAGUGUAUCGAUGACAUCAAAGAUUGCUGAUAAUCGACACAAACACGAAGCAGAACAUGUAUUGAUAUCUUGUAAAGCCCUUUCUUUAUAAAUAGCAUAUUAUCUGUUAUAAUAAUAUAUAGAAUUGGAAAUAACAAAAAAAAAAAAGUAUGAUAACAAUA